GUGGAAACCUCAUUAAUAAUUUUAGUAAGAAAAUGGUGUAAUUGUAAUGCAUAUAUAUUAACAGCUUCCUGGUUUUAGCACAUGAAAAGUAGAGAGGGAAAAAAAGAGUAACAUGGCAGCGCAAUAAAUUGAUGAAUAGACAAAAGACGCGUGUGUUGUCGUUUCUUCCCAUCUCUCUCUCUCUCUCUCUCAACCAGUGCUCCACUUCUUCCUCUAUUCUUUCUCCAAUUCAAUUUCUCCGUUUCUCUCUCUCUCUCUCUCUACAACUCCUUUGAUCAGUUGACUUUUCCAAUGGCGGAAUCGUCAAAUUCCGACGCCAAUUCGCGGAAGCGUCGCAAAAUCGACCCGGAUUCCCAAACCCGGUGGCGGUCCGAGGCGGAGCAGCGAAUCUAUUCGUCGAAGCUCAUGGACGCGCUCCACCACGUCCGCCGCCCGGGCUCCGGCGGCCACGACGCCGUCCGCGACGCCGCCGACCGGGUCCUGGCCGCCUCCGCCCGGGGCAGGACGCGGUGGAGCAGAGCCAUCCUCACCAACCGCCUCAGCCUCCGCCUCGCGCAAAUCAACCGGAAGCACAAAAAGGCGGCCAAGCCUUCCGCCGGAAAAUCCUGCUCCAGAAAGCCGGCGAAGAAACUCCCGCCGGUGGAGAGCAAAGUGAAGGUGUUGAGCCGGUUGGUUCCCGGCUGCCGGAAGGUCUCGCUGCCGAAUCUUCUAGAAGAAACGACCGAUUAUAUUGCCGCCUUGGAAAUGCAAGUCAAAGCUAUGACUUUUCUCACCGGCCUACUCAAUGCCGGCGCCGCCGCCCCAGCUUAGGUGUUUCUUUUCCUUUUUUUUUUUUUUUUUUCUGUUUCCUUUUUUUUGGGGGUUAAAGUUUUUAAAUUUUAAGCGUAUGUUAAUAAUUACGGUUGAUAUAUUCAUGUUUAUUUUUUUUUAAAUUUGCCUGCCGUAGAAGUUAGCAUACCCAAUCUGCCAUUUGUUUUUUGAUAUUUAUUUGACUUUAAAUUAGAAUUAUUUAUUCAUUGGC